AGAGAUAGACAUUGUUCUAGUGUAAAGUCAUGCCAUCUGAGCCAUUUAAUUGGAGUCAGGCUGGCACACACAGAAUCACAGUGCCACUCCGACUGAAGAGCUGCCAUUACUCUGCCUCUGUUUGGGCUUCUCACUGUACACUACUAGGAUUACCGCCACUUUAACUUUGAAUGUUUUACAGCAUAAACACAGAAGAGGAUCUGCAUACAGGCUUCUCAAUGGAGUGUCUUCAGCUUUUCUGCUGAGCGUUUUGCUGAGACUCUUCUGUAAAUACGUCUCUAUUGUCAGGAAUAAAUGAUCACCUCAACUAGACGAGUCUCUGCAGACAAACCAGAAGUACAGAUCGCUUUCAGCCUCGACGAAACCUCAGAGUUGAAAGAUGCAGUGGAUCCGCUCCCAUCAUUCCCCGACCUUGAGCAGCGCCUGCAGCCGGUGCUACCGUGUCGCUCUUUAAAGGAGUCUAUAGAAGUGUAUAAAGACCACUGCAAGAUGGCCAAUGAGUUCAAUCAAGUUAAACAUGAAAUCGCCAGGCUGGAAGACAGAAAAAAAGAGCUCAUGGCGGAGCUGCUAGAGGAUGAAAAGACGUCAAUGGAGUUUGCACGAUUUGAAGAGGAAUAUCGGAUACUCACAGAAGAGAACCAGAACUUGAUAACGGUGCACAGUGAACGAGCGCAGCAGCUCGAGACGCUCCGAGUGAUCAGUCAGAAGAGGCAGGGCUCCUCGUGACUUUUGACACUGAUGAAAAAGAUCUGUCACCUCAUGGCUUUGCUUCAGUGUACUGAAACAACAACAAAACUGAUCUUAAAUCAGUGCGCUUAAACUGAAACACUUAAUAAAUGUAUAUUUAAGCUAA